UUAUUGAACCCGGCAAAAAUUUGAAAUCUCUCCCUCCCCCUAACAAUACACAUCACUCUAUCAGUCUGGGGAAAAUUUCAACAACAUGGCGGCCGCGACGAACGGUCGUCGCUUCACUCGUUCUCGGAAAACAACUACUCCCGAUGACCCUACAGAGAAGCCAGCAUACGAACCACCACCUCUUUCCCUUCGUUCGAGUAAGGCUGCUUCCACUGGCGUCGUCCUAAAGGGCAAUUGUGCCGUGGUGAUUACAAAACUGCAGUUGGAAAACACUAAGAACACUGAAAAAGCUAAUAGACAAUCACCUGCACGAAAACGAACUAGAGUGGACAAUGGAGACGUGAAUAGAGUUGAAGACGAAAGUGAAACAAAGAGAACAAGAGCUGCACAGAAGGAAAGUGAGACAGGAGAAUGGGCAUCCAGCAGGAAGGAAAAAGAAGCCCAAUCUACUUCAAAACAAAGAACUGCAAAGAAGAGUGUGGUAGUUACUGAAGAAUCACAUGACUCUUCUACUCUGUCUGAAGUUGAGAGUGAGGAUCAGGAGAGCUCAUCUGAUUCUAAAUCAGAAUCAGGCAUGGCAUCUGGGUACACAUCAUCAUCAUUAUUAUCAUCGACAUCACACAGGGAGAGUGAUUCACCAGUACCGACAAGUGAACUGUCGGACAGCUCAGAUGGCAUUGAAAGCAGUUCAGAUGAGUCAUCUUCAAGUGGAGAUGUUUUAAGAUGGUGCACAAGGAAAAGUCCUAGAAAACUAGCUCAAGCUAAGUCAAGAGAAAAGAUUGCAGAACUUUGUAAACCUGAGUCAGAUGAUACAUUAUCACCAUCAUCUAGUGACUCAUCAUAUUCAGAGUAAAAAAAAAUAACUUAUUUUAAAUUCAUACAUUAGAUUAGCAAUUAUUAAUUUAUUGUUGAUUUGUAAGUAUGAUUAGUUUAUUGCUUGUCAUUUAUUAUUUGCAUACAAAACAGUGCUUUUAUGUCAUAUUAUAGAUACUUUUUACUCUGGAUGAAGAUACAUGUAUGGUGACAUGAUAGGUGUCUGUUAGACUGUAGAUUCAAAAUCAGUGGAAAAGUCAAAUCUGCAAGCUGUUCACAUGGGUCAGGUUUCAGCAAGAGGCCACUUGGAACUACUUAAUGACUAAAUACAAACAGCUUGGUCAAGGUGGUUCUUUUCAGGGUUUACAGCAUGUUACAUUUCUGCUUUAAAUGAAAACUUUUCUGUUUGUACAUUAACUGCAUUGUUUUAUCCAUUUAAUAUUCACCAUACUUUGCAAAGAUCAAUCAGAAAUAUGUACUGUAUCUGUUUGGGCUUAUUUUAAGUUGACUUAUUUUAAGUCAAUUUAUGUAAUCUAUAUUUUUAAGAGAAUUUAUUUAAAAACAAGGGUUACUUCUGGUGUAAUGUAAUGUAUACCCCUGCUAGCAGAGAUUUCUUUCUGGCAAGUCUUUUAGCAUGUACGAAGUCAUUCGCUUCUUUUGUAUUUUGCAUAGUCAGGUUGUUUACUUCCCCGAGAGGAAGUAAACAACCCGACUACGCAAAAUACAAGAGAUGUGAACAACUUCGUAACAUACUAAAAGACUUGCCAGAAAGAAACCUCUGCUAGCAGGGUAGGUAAUGUAUGGGUAUAUGCAUGUACAGUGUGCUCGAGGCUAAAGUUAGUGAACUAGCCAAAAGCUAGGAAAGAAAACAGAGUUCUGGGUAUAUGUUGUUCUUCUGAAGACUACCUAAGUGAAGUAUUUUUUUAAUAUAAUAUGUACAGUUAGUUUUAAGGAGCAUAUUUGUUUGUUUCCAUCCGGGUUGCACAUAUCAGCCUUGUUAGCAAUAUUAGCACACUUGAUGCUAUAGCAAAUUUUGAGUUCAAAUGUGUACAAAAACAGCUGGUGCUGGGGUUUACAGUCAUCUUUUUUUUAAUCUUUAUUAACAAUAACUUACAUUAAAUAGCAACAGAUACAUGUGGGCCACUUUUAAUGUUUUAAUAUUGUGCUCUUGACUGGGAGCUUGCAGGAAAACAAAAGAUACCACAUUGAGCAAGGAAGAUAAAUUGUUUGGUAAUUUCUUAAAUUGUACUUUAAACCUCAAUGUUACAAUACUGAAGGUAGUCAAUAACAAAAUAACCAGUAAUAUGAUUUUACACAUCCAUACAUGUGUAAUAUUUCUAUCAUUUUCCAAAAAGGUGGAGUUUGGCAGUAUCAAAAUAGCUUCAAAAACAGUGAUUACUUGAAUGCCCCAGUUACAUAACUAUAUAGAAGUAACCAAGCAAAAUAAAGAAAGAGUUUGAUGUCA